AUGAGUCUUGCGCUCGACUCGCAGGAGCCGUCAGACAAGAAGGCUACCUCGUCUGUUGUCCCUGUCGAUGCGGAUGUGAAUGCACCUGAUCACACGUUUGGCUCGCGCAUACUUGAGUCACAAGCGGAUGUGUGGUCGCACAAUGCAUGGGAUCACGUCGUGCCGCCGAAAGAGCAUCUUGAUAUGGUCCAGGAUCUGCUACAGAGGCAGUCGGAGACGCGUGUUAGUGACGAAAUGGCGCGUACGUAUGACCUUGCUGAUUCAGGACAAUACCAUGAGCAUGCGGCCGAUUAUUGGAAUUCGUUCUACUCGCAUCAUGACAAUCGUUUUUUCAAGGACCGCAAGUGGCUUAGCCUCGAAUUUCCAGAACUGAUUGCUGCGACAAAGUCGGAUGCCAAGCCUACUACCAUCCUUGAAGUUGGCUGCGGUGCAGGCAACACGGUCUUUCCCCUAUUGAGCGUGAACGAAAACCCCCAGCUGCGUCUCAUUGCCUGCGACUAUGCACCCCAGGCCGUGCAGGUAGUGAAGAGCCAGCCACUGUAUGAAAAACCGCCUACCGGCACCUGCGAAGCAUAUGUGUGGGACCUAAGCAGCGGAUCCAACGAUACAGGUGACUUUGACCCUGCACGCUUGCCACCUGGUGUGGCUCCUGGCUCGGUCGAUGUAGUGGUGCUCAUCUUUGUGCUUUCUGCAUUACACCCAAAGGAAUGGCAUGCCGCCGCAGAAAAUACAUACCAGAUGCUUAAACCAGGCGGCUUAGUUCUCCUGCGCGACUAUGGUCGGCAUGAUCUACCUCAGCUUCGCUUUAAAAAAAACCGACUUUUGGAUGACAACUUCUAUGUCUACUUUUUUACCCCCGAAGACCUCUACAGCAUUUUUGGGGCUGCACCCCGCGAAGCCGAGCGCACAGGCCGCUUCCUUACGCGGCAAAUGGCCGUGGACCGGCGACUCCUCGUAAACCGGAAAGAGCGCAAACAAAUGUACCGCGUGUGGAUGCAGGCAAAGUUCGAAAAGGCCAUGGCUUCAUAA